AUGGAGGCGGCAUGGGAGGCGGCGCUGCAAGCGCAUACAGCCUCAGACGCUGCACAGGACGAUCUAUGGGCGUGGGUGAUACGCGCAUUUGAUCCUCGUGCGCCUGCUGAGGCGACAGAACGACAACAACUGCAAUCCUCCUUAGCGUCGCUGCAUGGAUGGGAAGACGAGUUGGGGACCUGGUUCUUGCUAUGCGAGGCGUUGACCUCUGUAUCGCAGGCGUCCGCGCAGCAAGACGCCAUGAUUACCAUGCUACAGACAUGUGUCGAAUGGAUCCAUACCCGCCAAGCACUGAUCCCCGAACUGGGCUUGCCGUGUGCAGAGUAUAUCCCUGCCUUCUUUCGGCAGUGCAAAAUGGUCUUCAGUGCAGCGUUGCCACCGGAUAUCCUGGAUGUGAUGCAGGCGCUGGUCGCCAGCAGGCUCACGUACGAUGCCCACCACGUCCACCUUCGUGACGAUGGCGUGCAUAUUGGUGCACAUCUGCGUCGCCUGGGCCUUGAUACCCUUGUUCAAAGUGCACUCACACACACAGCUACUGAAUUACUGCAGAAAGCGACGGCGCAAGCCACGGAGGAUGCGCUGCAUCAAGGCGCGCAUCACACCUCUGUGUACCCCAUGCUACAUACGUUACUGGAAGAGCAGCUCCUUCCGUCGUUAAUGACGAUGCUGGAUGCAACAUGUGAGGGGCCUUCGACUCAGGUCGUGCCUGAUUGGUGGGAUGCGAGCGUAUCAGUAUGGGAUGCGGUGCCGUCCGUCCCCUCGCACGAUCGCGACGCGCUGUACAAACGCCUGGACUACUCGCUUGCCCAGGCGGUGGGCCACCGCCGUGUGACACAGUUCUUUGCGCUGAUUGGUACCUACCCACAGAGUCGAGGCGCCAUGGACGACUUGGUGCUAUGGCUGGAAAAGACAGGUGAUCGAACGUACUUGGCCCAAACGUUUUCCGAAGCGCUGCACACACAGUUAUUGCACCCUGGUGUGGAUACGCAUGCGAUCUUGGUGUACUAUGUGAAUAUGGUGUAUGCGCUGCGCCUCGUCGACUCGACAGGCGUCGUGUUAUCGCAUGUGCUGCCACCUGUGCAGAAAUACCUACGCCAGCGAAGCGAUACGAUCCAGGCGGUGGUGCAUGCAUUGCUAGGCGACGAUCCGGCCUUCGAACUCUUGCGUACGGAGCUUGAGCAGGGCGGAGGCGAAAGCGAUAUGGCCAAUCCGCUAGGCGCCGAAGCCGACGAAGAGCAGUAUACACGCACGGAGUUUUGGCACGAUCCGACAUGGAUGCCACGACCCGUGGAUGCGGGCCCUGAAUUUAGCCAGAUGCGAUCGCGUGAUGUUGUGGGUUUGUUGGUGACGAUUUUUGACGAUCACGACGGGUUCCUGCAAGCGUUGGAGCGACAUACGGCGCAGUUGUUGGUGCGUACAUGCCACUACGACACUGCGCGAGUCCAGCGCAACAAUGCCAUUUUCAAACGACGGCUUGGCGAGAGCAGUUUGCAUCACUGCGAUAUUAUGUUGGCCGAUGUAGCCUUCUCGCAAGCGUUGGAUCGAGCCUACCACCGCGACAAUUCUGCGUCUUCGAUGGACCAGGCAGUCCACCCAAUGAUUAUUUCGCGGCAGUUUUGGCCGGACAUGGAGAUGGGGACGUAUACGCUGCCAAACCGUCUCGCAGCAGCGCUGGACACCUUCGCUGCGUACUAUGCCAAGGCUCAUCCCACGAAGCGCGUACGGUGGCUGCCCUACCUUGGCACAGUCGACGUGGACAUUGAGCUGGCCCAGGGCCGUUGUGUGCACGCUCGCGUUACGCCGCUGCAGGCGGCCGUGGUAGAACUCGUGGCUGGCCUCAGCGAUGGAAGCGAAUCGACGUCCAUGAUGAUCACGGCCGACAAUGUCGCGACGGCGCUUCGUAUUGAUCGCGAAGCUGCCUUGGCAGCGCUUCGAUUUUGGUGUACACAUGGUCUAUGGCGAGAACUACCUGCUCCGGCAAGUGGAUCGUUUGAGUUGGAGUAA